AUGCCGUUCAACCAAAUGCCAUAUCAAAUGCAGCAACUAAUGCAAAACCCGCUAAAUAUGCCAUAUCAACCACCGCCACAAGCACGUCCAACACAAAUCGAGGAACAAGAUGAUGACGGAAAGGAUAAAAAAGAAGACGUAGCCGCCAAACAACAACAACGGCCAUGGCCAAAAAUUGAGGAAGAGGCGUUGGCGAAGGCACAUAUUAGCUCUUCAACGUCUCCUAUAAUCAGUAACAAUCAACAAAGCGAUGGGUUUUCGCAAGAAGCCCUUGAUAUAUUCCAUGCGAUUAUGGAACAAGGCGAGUACAGAACCAUUGAUUCUAUCAGCUCCAAGUGGCGCAAGAUGAAUACGUUGAUCAAACGCUUUUGUGGGUUUUAUAACAUAACGCUCGCCAACAAACCGAGUGGGUGGAACCACGAAAAUGUUUUCAAUGAAGCGUUGCGUUUAUACGAAAAUGACAAAAAAACUUCUUUCCCACAUGUCCGUGCUUGGCAAGUUGUAAAGGAUCAAACAAAAUGGAAGGGAACUCAAAAUGAGGUUGCAAGCGCGAAACGAGCAAAGAAACAGUCUAAAACUUCCGAGUCAGGAAGUUAUAGCAUUGGAGGCUCAACCGGUCGUUGCCAAAUAAAUAUCAAUGACGAGCCCGACUAUGAGGAGGAGCCGAUUGAAGAUGAAGAACGUCCCACAGGAAGGGACAAAAGUAAAAAGAUAGCGGCUGAAAAAAAGAAACAAGCCGCAUCAGGAAAAGUGGUGGUGGUUCGAAGUUGGAAGGUAUUAUGGCCGAGUUGA